CGUGCUAGCAGUGCGUGAUCGAGUAGCAGCAUCUGCGGUGUCGAUAGUUUGCUCACUUCAUUUCCGCGACUGCAAUGUGUACCCGUCACGGUCCUGGCUAUGUAUCACCACUCCAUGCCAUGCGUGGUCCGCGUGAAACAUUGUUGUACGUGCCGUGCAUCUAUCGUGCGAAGAAACCAGAUUUUCUAGCUACCAUAGAUGUCGACGAAAGCUCACCGUCCUACUGCAAGAUCAUACAUCAGCUGACCAUGCCGUUUGAAGGGGAUGAGCUGCAUCACAGCGGAUGGAAUGCGUGCAGUAGCUGCCAUGGAGAUGAGAAGCGGCAUAGAAACCGUCUGAUACUGCCUUCCUUGGUCUCAUCAAGAAUCUAUGUAGUUGACACUGGAAGCGACCCACGUGCACCAUCCAUGCACAAGGUUGUGGAUCCUGAAGAACUGAAGAGCAAAACUGGAUUGAGCACACCACAUACUUCCCAUUGUUUGGCGGAUGGAAAUAUUAUGGUUAGCGCCAUGGGUGAUCCCGAAGGAAAUGGUAAAGGUGGAUUUAUCUUGCUGGAUGGAGCGGACUUUUCUGUCACUGGAAAUUGGGAAAGCGAUGGUGAAAGUACACCAUUUGGUUACGAUUUCUGGUAUCAGCCAAGGCACAAUGUGAUGAUCAGCAGUGAAUGGGGAUCACCAAAAGCAUUCUUGUCUGGAUUCAACCCACAGCAUGUUGCUGACGGACUAUAUGGAAAGAGUUUGCAUGUGUGGAACUGGAAAGAAAGGAAAGUAAUCCAGACAAUUGACCUUGGACCUGAAGGACUCAUACCUCUAGAGCUGCGCUUCUUGCAUGAUCCUAAUGCAGUGGAAGGAUUUGUUGGUGCUGCAUUAAGCUCUAACGUACUUCGUUUCUAUAGAACACAGGAUGGCUCGUGGAAGGCUGACAAGGUUAUUGACGUGCCGUCUAAAAAGGUAGAAGGCUGGGCUCUUCCAGACAUGCCUGGGCUCAUAACUGACAUCCUCAUCUCAUUAGAUGAUAAAUAUCUCUAUUUCAGUAACUGGCUACAUGGAGAUAUUCGUCAGUAUGACAUUUCAGAUACAGCCAAUCCCAAGCUGGUGGGCCAGUUAUUUGUCGGCGGAAGUAUUGUGAAAGGAGGGUCAGUUAAAGUAGCUGAUGACCCAGAGUUAUCUGAACAGCCAGAGUCUCUAGUCGUAAAAGGGAAAAGAAUUCAGGGUGGACCACAGAUGCUACAGUUGAGCCUUGAUGGGAAGCGUCUUUAUGUUACAACUUCACUGUAUAGUCAAUGGGACAAUCAGUUUUAUCCUGAUUUAGUCAAAGAAGGAUCUGCAAUGAUUCAAGUGGAUGUUGAUACUGACAAAGGUGGUUUGAGUAUCAACCAUAAGUUCUUGGUUGAUUUUGGUAAACUUCCUGAUGGUCCGGCUCUUGCACAUGAAGUUCGAUAUCCAGGAGGAGAUUGCACAUCUGACAUCUGGAUCUAGACUGGACACACUGCUUUAGAGACAGUGGUGCAUGAUAGACGGUUCUCAUUAAUAUAUUGUGCUCGUGAUGAUGUAUGGUUACUUCUCAUGAAUUUGUAGAUUGAUUGAUCUUCUGUCAUAUUCAUUCUACUGUACACCAAUAGAGCCAAUUUGUGUGUUUUGUUCAGCUGUU